GAUCCAUAUUUUACAAUGCAGCAUUUGGACAUGAAGAAGUCACAAUGGCUGCCCGGCACUAUGCGACAUUCCUUAAGAAAUUCUGAUGGGGAAUUUUCUACAGAUACUGUCAGCCUACAGUGGAUAUCUUUCAAGAAGAUAAUGAAGAAAAGACAUGGAGACUCUUUGACAUCAAUGACAUUGGCAGACCUGCAUGCAAAUGAAGAGGAGUUUUGUCAGCUCUAUAAACUUAUUGACAUACUCCUCAGUCUUCCACCAACCAGUGUGCCUUGUGAGACAACAUUCUCACAGCUAAAGCUUUUAAAGACCCAUCGCAGACUUAAAUUGAAGCAAGGUACACUGGAUACUUUGAUGCAAGUGAAUCUUAAUAGCCCGAGUAUUGAAUUGUUAAACCCUGAACCCUCUAUAGACAUGUGGCUGGGUAAUAGUUUGAAACCAAGGGCUGGUAGAAGGCUGAACUACUUCCGUACCCCAAAGAAUCCCAAGGAUAAUGUCACCCAAGAGCCAGAGAGUACUGUUUCCAGAGCAACCGAAAGUGCCCUAGAAAAUUCAGAUGUUCAGGAACAAGAUGAUCAAGUUAUCAUCGCAGAGAUGCAGCAAAAAGAAAUUCAUAUUGAACAAUCUGCGAGUGACUCUGAGUCAGAUUUAGACUCAGACAUAGAUUUAGAUUAUGAUGAUGACAGUGACUACUUUAGUGAUUUCCAGGAUGAAGAGCUAAACUCCAAAAAAAUAUCAAUGUUUGCAAAUGAACAACAAUAACCUGAUAAUAAAAUGAAUAAGAAUAAACAAUAAAAUAUGUUACUGUAAUGUGAUUUCAGGAUUUUUUAUUGUAAACCGAUCCCGUAUUUUUAGUUUGAUUUAAUGCUUGAAAUGUCCGGGCCGGA